AUUACUCUUAACAUAAUUCGUUCUUACACUUUAGGAGGAUUUCCCUGCCAAAAGACGCUGUCCUUUUAUAACUGUUAGGUGGCCGACAAAAGGAAAAGUAGUCACGGCUCAGAGCUCGACACAAAGCGUGUUUGGAAAUACCCAGGACUUGACUAUCAUCAACCCUUUCUGGGCAACCGCCUGCAUUAACUUUGUUAGGCGCCGCCCCGUCGGGGGUGCGCAGCCAUGGUGAAAGCAUAUCUUCGGUACGAGUUCUCUGCUGCGUUUGGAGUUAUCACUAGUGCAGCCAAUCCUACAUAUGAUGCUACCGGCAAGCUACUCUUUACUUCAUCGCUGGAGAGCAUUUCCGUAUGGAAUGCCAAGCAGGGCAGCCUGGUGCGGCAGCUAAGCCCCGUUGUGGCAAGCAGCAGCUGCGGCGGCAGCCCUAGCUCCCCAGUGGCUGAGGUGACGGUGCUGUGUAUUGCCCCCGCCGGCACCACCAUUGCAGCCGGCUAUUCGGAUGGAACGGUUCGUUUGUGGGACUAUGAGAGCGGCGAGUGCACUGUCACCUUCAAGGGACACAAGUCCGGCGUCUCCUGCCUCCGCUACCAGGGCACUGCUGCCGGCGCGGGCGGGGGCAGUGCGGGGGGUGCGCUGCUGGCCAGUGGCGGUCGGGACACGGAUGUGAUCGUGUGGGACGUGGCGGGGGAGACGGGGCUGUACCGGCUGAGGGGGCACAAGGACCAGGUCACGGAUGUGGUGUUCCUUCCCGGCCAGUCCAAGCUUGUGUCCGCCUCCAAGGACGGCUCCGUGCGUGUUUGGGACCUGGACACGCAGCACUGCUGCCAGACGCUGGGCGGGCACCGGGCGGAGGUGUGGGCGCUGGAUGUGAACCCGGCGGGCACCCGGCUGGCCACCGGGGCCAGCGAUAACGAGAUACGCGUGUUUGCGAUCAGGGACCCAGAGUCCGAAUCCGCCGCCGCCGCCGCUGCCGCCCCCUCCUCCUCCUCCGCCCCCUCCGCCCUGCGCGACCACACGGUGCUGGUGCCCAUGGGCUCGGUGCGCCGGGGUGCCGCCUCGCAUGAGCGGGUGGCGCUGCUGCGGUUCAGCGGGGAGGGGCAGUGGCUGGGGGUGCAAGGGGCGGGACGGGGGCUGGAGCUGUUCAGGGUUCGUGACGAGGACGAGGCGCGCAAGAAGCUGAAGCGUCGCAAGAAGCGGCGGAAGGAGAAGGCGACCAAGAAGGCGGAGCAGCGGAAGGAGAAGGCGGGCGGGCAGCAGCAGCAGCAGCAGGGACAGGGGGGUAGCGAUGAUGAUGAUGAGGAGGGAGCCGCGGGGGGCGAGGAGGAGGAGGAGGAGGACACCCUCAAGGCCUCCGACGAGCUGGAGGCAGUGCAGCUGGUGGCGGCCAAGGGCGCCAAGCUGAGGGCGUUCUGCUUCGCGCCGCCCGCCGCCCGCCUGCCGCCGGGGGUGGCGUGCAGGCUGGCAUUGGCGCGCAGCGAUAACGCGAUUGAGAUCGUGGACGUCUCCUCCGACUCCCACGCCUACUCCCCCUUCUCCCGCCUGGACCUCCCGGGCCACCGCUCCGACAUCCGCGCGCUGGCGCUCUCGCCCGACGACUCGGCGCUGCUCUCCGCCUCCUCCGCCGGCCUCAAGCUGUGGAACCCGCGCACCGGCAGCUGCCUGUCGACCAUGGAGGGCGGAUACGGGCUGAGUGUGCUGUUCGCACCGGGGAACAAAUUUGCGGUGGUGGGGACCAAGGAGGGCACGCUGGAGGUGUUUGACCUGGGAGCCGCCUCGCGUGUGCACGUGGAGGAGGCGGCGCACGGGGGGGCGGUGUGGGCACUGGCGCCACUGCCGGACAAGAGCGGCUUCAUCAGCGGGGGGGCAGACAAGACGAUCAAGUUUUGGCAGUGGAGUGUGGUUGCUCCCUCCUCCGGCGGCUCCCGGCAGCUGCGGCUGGCCCACGUGCGCAGUGUGGCCAUGGCGGACGAUGUGUUGGCGCUGCGUGUGAGUCCGGACGGGCGGCUGCUGGCGGUGGCGCUGCUGGAUGCGACGGUCAAGGUCUACUACGCGGACAGCAUGAAGUUCUUCCUGUCGCUGUACGGCCACAAGCUGCCCGUGCUGUGUAUGGACAUCUCCUCCGACUCCUCCCUGCUGCUCACCGGCUCGUCCGACAAGAACAUCAAGAUCUGGGGUCUAGACUUCGGCGACUGCCACCGCUCCCUCUUUGCGCACGGCGACGCGGUCAUGUCGGUCGCCUGGGUGCCGGGCACGCACUACGCAUUCAGCGCGGGCAAGGACCGGCUGCUCAAGUACUGGGACCUGGACCGAUGUGAGCUGCUGCUGGAGCUGGGGGGGCACCACGGGGAGGUGUGGGCGCUGGCGGUCAGCCAGUUCGGGGACUUUGUGGUCACAGGCUCCCACGACCGCUCCAUUCGCCGCUGGGAGCGAACCUCGGAGCCCUUCUUCGUGGAGGAGGAGCGCGAGCGGCGAUUGGAGUCGCUGUUCGAGGCCGAUCUGGAAGCGACUGCGGCCGACAAGGACACCGCGGCGGCGGGAGGUGCCGGCGGCGCGGCGGCGGGCGCCGACGCGACGGCGGCUGCACCCGCGGGUCGCCGUACACUGGAAGCGGUCAGCGCUGCGGAUGCGAUCAUUGAGGCACUGGAGGUGGCGGCGCUGGAGAUGGAGAGGCUGAGGGGGGCGGAUAAGGAGAGGGCGGAGGCGGAGGCGGAGGGGCGACCGCCGCCGCGACCGCUGCCGAUGAAUGCGGUGAUGCAGGGCCUGGCUCCGAGUGCGUAUGUACUCAAGGUGGUGUCUGGGGUGAGGGCGAGUGAGCUGGAGCAGGCGGUUAUGAUGCUGCCGUUCGCGGAUGCAUUGCGGUUGUUGGGAUACCUGCCAAAGUGGUUGGAGGCGGGCGGUACGGCGGUUGAGUUGACGGUUAGGCUGGCGGUGUUGGUGGUGCGGUUGCACCAGGGGCAGUUGGCGGCGACGGCGGCGGCGCGGCCGGUGCUGAUGCGGUUGCAGCGGCGGUUGCGGGCGGCGGCGCAGGGGCUGAAGGAUGUGGUGGGGUUCAACAUGGCGGGGUUGGGGCACCUGGGUCGGAGGUUGAAGGAGCGGGAGGGGGUGACGGAGGGGGAUGCAGUGCUACCGGCGAAGAGGCAGCUGAUGGCGUGAGGAGUGGGGAAACGAGGAAACUGAGGAGCUGAGGAGUGAAGGGUGGGACGGUUGGUUUUGUGGUGGCUUUUUGAGGUUUGCGGGGUGAUACCGGUAUGGAGUGAAAGAGGUGUGCGAGGAGGGGGUUGGGGUUAUCAGUGUUGGGGCAAGUGCGCCAAGGGGAGUAGGGAGGAAGGAAAGGGCGCAGCGUCUCUUUGAAUGACAUGCGGCUAGCUUGGCUGAGCAGGCCACGGCCUGACGAUGGCGGCGGUGAUGGGGUCCGGUUUUGAAGGGCAUGGGGUUGAGGGAACAUUGGUCUGCUGCGGUCCUGCUGGAGUCUGUCGCGCUGGGCUGGAAAUGGUGAAAGGUUCGAGUAAUGUCUACGGUAGGCCGUGAGGGUGGAACGCGUCAGGUGGCUGGUGGACCAUUCGACGUAGGUUAACGUUUAGGCGUAAGGAAUUCUGCUCCUCUGCGACACUUGGCGAAGCAAAUGCCUGCCGUCUCUCCGCGGGUCCGUGUGGCUGGCAUAGCUGCCUGAAAAAUACGGCCAUUACUAAUGCAUGGUCGUUUACCCGACUACCGUUGGCCGUGGAGCUUUCUGGCUUUACCCAGUACUGGUAUGUAAGUCUGCACAAACUCCUGAAACGUUCACCGGUACACAGACUGCCUGCAAACCAGUUGGACACCAUGCUUGCUCUGCAAAUUACAGACCGAGUUGCGUCGUUACUAGAUGAAACAGCAACGUGUUCCAGUGUACCAGAUGCGGUGCGGUCAGACGCUCAACGGCUUCAGGGUGCCGGGAGCAUACCAUGGGAUAAACUAAAGGAGAUUGCGGAGGAAUACAGGAAAGCGAACCCUGGGAAACCAGUUUACCUUCACCAGCUAUGCUCCCAAAAAGACAUCAUCCUCUCGUCGCCCCCGCCUAAAGAAAAGAGCCCCGAGCUACAAGCACGGCUCGCACGGUUACAAGAAGAGCUCGAAAACAGGCGGUACUCCGAAAUGGUUGCGGACAUUACGGAAAAGGAGCGCAAGGCGGAUGAGAUGCGCGGCUCCAUCCUGCCCACCUCCCGGCUGCAGAUGUCUUUCGGCGCGCAUGUGAUCGUGACCAUGUUCACCUUCUGGGCGGUGGCCUACUACGGGUCCAAAAUGUACCUGGGCUACGACGAACUCUGGGCGGGUCUGGCGGGCGUGUUGGGCCUCACCACGGGGAUGAUCGUGGAGACGAUGCUGCUCAUCAUCCGCACCAAUCGACCCACGCCACUGGAGGAAAGGAUGCCCGAGUUGUUCGACACGGCCAAGGUGCGCGAGGCCUUCGACAAGCUGCGGGAGAUUAAGCAGGCGGAGGCGGCGGCGAAGAAGAGCGGCAAGCAGCAACCGCAGCAGCAGCAGCAGAAGGAC